UCCUGUUUGGGUGCCGCAGCUGGAAAAAUGGCAGCUGAUACAGGGAGAUACAGGAGUGCAGUAAGCAAAAACAAAGACCCUUCCGGACUUCUUAUCUCUGUCAUAAGGACUCUGUCCAGCAGCGAUGACGUUGAAGACAGGGAGACGGAGAAGGGUCGUCUGGAAGAGGCCUUUGAGACAUGUGACAGGGAUCUCGAUCAGCUGAUUGUUCAGCAUUAUGCUGAACUUACCACGGCCAUCCGCACCUACCAGAGCAUUACUGAGCGCAUCACCAGCUCCCGCAACAAGAUCAAACAGGUGAAAGAGAACCUCCUGUCUUGUAAGAUGCUGCUCCACUGCAAAAGGGACGAGCUGAGGAAGCUGUGGAUCGAGGGCAUCGAGCACAAGCACGUCCUCCAGCUGUUAGACGAAAUCGAAAGCAUCAAGCAGGUGCCUCAGCGGCUGGAGGCCUAUAUGGCAAGCAAGCACUACCUCCAUGCUACAGAUAUGCUGGUGUCAGCAGUAGACUCCCUGGAAGGCCCUCUGCUGCAGGUGGAGGGUCUUGGAGAUCUGCGCCUGGAGCUCCACAGCAGGAAGCUCAACAUUCACCUUGUGCUCAUCGAUGAGCUGCACCGUCACCUCUACAUCAAGUCCACCAGUCGACUGGGACACAAGAACAAGGACAAAAAUGCUGCUCGCCUUCCAGGCUCCACAGGAAAAGAUGCAUCUCCAAUGCCUGUGUUGGAUGUCAGCAGUCUGUCCACCCCACGCAAGCUUUUGGAUUCAUCACAGUUCAGCACACCUGGAUCCAGUAGUGUGCGUGAGCUGCAGCAGGAUGUGCGGGAGUUUAACCAAUCAGAACUCCCUGAGGUGGACCCAGAGGAGAACAGCGCUGAGUUCAUGGGCAUCCUCAUCAAGGCUUUGGCCAAGUUGAAGAAAAUCCCUGAGACCAUCAAAGCUAUAAUGGAGCGGCUGGAACCUGAGCUGAAACAGAUUGUCAAGAGGUCAACCACUCAGAUAGCAGACCACGCUUACCAGAGGGGAGAGAACCUGGCCCAGGAGAGCCAGCCAAGGCUGCUGGAGCUGCUUGAGCUUUUGUUUGACAAGUUCAAGGCAGUGGCCCAGGCUCACAGUGUGGUGUUGGCCCACCUGCAGCAGAUCGCCGUGCAGUGCCCGGGCGGCGCCCACGAGGAGGGCAUCAAACUCUACGAGCAGGCCGACGUCUCUGCCAAGAUCCAGACUGUGCUGCAGGUUCUGCUGAUGGAGUAUCUGGAUGUGAAGAACAGCCGCAGUGCCACGGAGCCAUCGGCUCAGCUCUCCUAUGCCAGCACCGGCAGUGAGUUUGCAGCCUUUUUCUCAAAGAAGAAACCACAGCGUGCCAAGCAGUCGCUCUUCAAGUUUGAAUCAUCUUCCCAUGCCAUCAGCAUGAGUGCAUACCUGAGGGAGCAGAGGCGAGAACUGUACAGCAAGAGUGGAGAACUACAAGGUGGCGCUGACGACAACCUGAUUGAAGGCGGAGAAAUGAAGUUUGUGUGCAAACCCGGAGCGCGGAACAUCACUGUGAUCUUCCAGCCUCUUCUCAGGUUUAUUCAGGAGAUAGAGAUGAACAUGGGGCCAGGCCAGGCCAAGCAGUGCCAGCUCCGAGCCUUCCUCACCUACUACAUCAAUGACCUCUUCCUCAACCAGGUGCGAACAGAGAUUAACAAGGAAAUCCAGGUGGUGAGCAAGGCAGCAGACCCCUUGAAGAUCCUUGCCAGUGCUGAUACCAUGAAAGUCCUGGGAGUUCAGAGACCCCUGCUGCAGAGCACAGUGGUAGUGGAAAAGUCCAUCCAGGAUCUGAUGAGCCUGAUGCAAGACCUGAGUGCCUACUCCAAUCAGUUCCUUGAGAUGGUCUGUGACAAGCUGAAGGAGUACAAGGAAAUCUGCAAUACAGCCUACAGGGGAAUAGUCCAGUGUGAGGAGAAGCUCACCAUCAGCGCUUCCUGGUCCAAAGACGAGGACAUCAGCCGUCUGCUCCAGUCGCUCCCUAACUGGGCGAACAUGGCCCAACCCAGACAGACCCGACAGAAGAGAGAGGAUGAGGAGGACUUUACUCGGGCUGCUUUUGCUAAGGAGUCAGAGGUGCUGACUGGGAAUUUAGGAGACAAGUUAAUCCCUCAGAACGAGAUCCUGCGCGACGUCAGCGACCUAAAGGCUCUGGCGAAUCUUCACGAGAGCAUGGAGUGGCUCGCUGGGCGCCUCAAGACGUUCUUUGCCAACCUGCCUCAGGCCUCCAAUGUUUCUCCAUGCUCAGCAGACAGCCAGGUGGUCGGCGAGAGCGAGCGCAGCAGGGAACAGAUUCUCCAAACCCUUAAUGACCUGUCCAGGGGUUUCCAGGACAUCGCAGACCGCUGCCUCCUGGUGUUGCACCUGGAAGUCCGGGUGCAUUGUUUCCAUUACUUGAUCCCCCUGACUAAGCAAGGAAAUUAUGCCAUUGUGGCCAAUGUGGAGAGCAUGGACUACGACCCCCUGGUGGUCAAACUGAACAAGGACAUCUCGGCGAUAGAGGAGGCGAUGGGGGCCGCCCUGCAGCAGCACAAGUUCCAGUACAUUUUUGAAGGUCUGGGUCAUCUCAUCUCCUGUAUCCUCAUCAACGGGGCCCAGUACUUCAAGAGAAUCAGCGAGUCCGGCAUCAAGAAGAUGUGCAGGAACAUCUUUGUCCUCCAGCAGAACCUCACCAACAUCACCAUGUCCAGGGAGGCCGACUUAGACUUCGCCAGGCAGUACUACGAGAUGCUGUACAACACUGCAGACGAGCUGCUGAAUCUGGUGGUGGACCAGGGUGUCCGCUACACCGAGCUGGAGUACAUCAACGCCCUGUCUUUGCUCCACCGCAGCCAGACAGGCGUGGGCGACCUGAGCACCCAAAACAUUCGGCUGCAGAGGCUGAAGGAGAUCAUCUGUGAGCAGGCGGCCAUCAAACAGGCCACCAAGGACAAGAAGAUCACUACAGUCUAAUAAUAAAACAAGACAAGGAAACCAGGAAAAUGUUAUUAGAACAAGAAAAUAAAGGUGUAUUUCCAAAUAAGCGCAUCUUUGAUCCAUUUAAAAUGUUCUUCAGAUCUCUCUAGUGGGAACAUAUAAAGCAAAAAAUAAACAGGUCAUGUAUCCAAAAGUAAGAAAAUGGAAGCGAUGUUCAAGAAUUGGGUUAGAAGACACUGAAAUAGUGACUUGCUAGACCUAGAUUUGAAUGUGUGUGAUGGAUGUGUCUUCUCCAUUUCAUCCUGCCUGAUGUGAUGAAUCACAUUGCAGUUAAGGGUAAGGGACAUAGAUGUACUUUAUUCUAACUCUGGGCAUGUAGAUCACAUAAAUAUGGAUAUAAGCCCAAGCUGCUCUGACUCACCCCUAAUUGGCAAGCGAGGUGACAACUUACACAAUUGCGAACUCUGCUAGUCUAGUCCCCUAUCAAUCCACGUCAUAAAGUCACCCAUAACUUCAAUUUUCACUCGUUUAAAGACACACAAAUGGUGCAUUCAAGCGACUCCAACAACCCCUCACUCCCCACGACUCCAGCUAACAGAUAAAAGACAAUUGUUGUGGACACUCAACCAAACUUAGGCCCCAUCUCAUCUCAUUUUCUUAUUAAAUCUAAACUGCUGCUCUCAAUUACACCUCUAUCUCCCCUCUCCUGGCAGCCCCAUGGGCCCACUGAUUCUGUCUGCAAUAACAGAUGCCAGAUUAGACUGUCUGAAUGAGGCCACAUCUCCCGCCUGCUGCCAAUUUGGGUUGGUCCCUAAAGAUUUCCCUCACCGAGAAUUGUAUCAUAUCUAUGCCCGUUAAAAAUCUGUUUAUCUGUCUUUUUCUCUCUUUUAGCUGCUGCUGUAAAGUUGCACAGGGAGUGCGGAAAGUUGGAGGUUGUUUUAUACAAAUUUGACAAAUAUGCCUCAGUUAUGAUAAAUAUGUUUCGCUGAUUUCAACCAUAUUCUUAGUUUUAGUUGCUAUAUUUCAACUCAACCCCAAAAUGCUGAAUGUCUUGCGCCUUUUUUUGUGAAGAAAAUGUGUAUGGGAAUACAUAAAAUCCAUCAUUCUUGCUCUAUAAACUAAAACGAUUAAAUUUGAAAUCUUUAUUCUGCCAACUACAUGGGCUCUAUUCUUUGAAAGUAAACUAAAUAUAACUCAAGAGACGAUCACAAAUCAUUACGCUCCCUCUUUUUAGUUCAUUAACUUGGAAGAGAAGUACUUAACAAGAGGAGGAGAGGGGGAAUGGGAGCCUUGUCAAUAUAGCGGGCUCGCCGCUGGUCUCCCCGAAGCCCACAGAGCAAUCCAUCAUAAUGACACAUCUGCUGGGAUCGAUGAGAAAACAACCAAGGAGCUGCUGAGGGGUUUGCCUAACACUCUGAAACGAACACUUGGUGUAAAAUCUCAAAUCUGCUCUUUCAGCUGUUCACUUCAAAGCUACUUGUAAUGUUAUACAUGGGAAACUUUAAUACAAUGUUAACCGUCCGUUUAAUGUCUCGCACAGAAACUUUAGCUUUAUAAUGACACUGCUAACAGAAACCCCUAUGUGAAGAAAACUCAAGUAUCAGACAGUACACUCCUUACAGUAUAUGUAAACACAACCCAAUCCUGUCCAUGCUUCUUAUUCAAGAAUGAGAUGUGUAAAAUGUAGUUAAGAUUAUUUUGUUUUUACUUUGCGGCAAAACACAGAAAACCUUUUUUUUUUUAUUUCUUUGUUUUUCUUUUCAGUGGAACUUUAUUUUCCACUCUUCCUCAUUUCCAGUAAUUUCCAUGUUUCAAGUAAGAAUGUAUUUAAGUCAUCAGAGGGGGUUAGUCAUGAACAAGUUAAAACAUCCUCCUUGUCUUCUGGCUGUUGAGUGCCACUUCUGAGAUGUUUGUCUACUCUGAAUUAAACACACAUGAUUUGUCAAUGCAUACUUAUGCAAUGAAAUAAUAAAUCCUUCAAACAUU